AUGAAAAGUACAAAUAUGAAUUAUAAAAUUUAUACCCAAUCGGUAUUAGCAAUCUUUGUGAUUGUUUCAUUUUUGACUUCAAUUGAAGCUUCCUCGGUGUUUAAUACGCGUAAUCUCGUAUCUAUAAAUGCAGCAAAUUCUUUUCCUGCACUUAAGCAUACUAGUAGGGUUCCACAGUUUGCAACCAAAAGAGAUGAUGCUUCCUUCCAUACAACUUUCCAGGUGGGUUACCCCUAUAUCCCUGGGUCGUACUAUGGAGAACCCGUGAGUACCGUUUUACUAGCAACACAUACUUUUGGUAACUCGUAUGGAGUUCCGUACACUUUUACUUAUACUCCUCCAGGAAACAUUUCAUUUGAUAGUUGUCUUGACCUUGAACACAUCCAUUAAGGACUAUCAAUACGAUCGAUUAGCACAUAUUGAAUUUAAUAGAGCUGAAAUUUGGAGAACUUCCACCAUUGAGCCACUGUCUACCACGUAUAAGUCUACGUAUAGCAAGGAUGUUUCUACGUAUCUUAAAUAUUUCACUCAAGAAUCUACUGUAAACUUUGAGCUUGGGAACAUAAUAUCUUCCGAAUUACAAGGAGCUUUCGAUGUACAAUUAUAUGCAACAUAUUAUGAUACCAAUGGUGAACCAGGUGCUCCAUUCAAUAUUGGAGAUCUGAUAGAUGUAUAUGAACCAGACUCGUUUUUCUCCAUUGCCAAGCCUGCUUCUGAAGUAUUUGUUGUCACUGGAGGUGGAUCAAAAUAUCUUCCACAGGAUAGGAUUCAUGUUGAGAUCCCCAAAGUAUCUCAAAACACUACUAGAUUGGUUCUUGCAAUUUUCGCUUCCGGGAAUUCAAAUGAAGAAUUUUGGUAUACAAAUACAUUCACUGAAUAUGCUGAUUUAUUUGAACAAGUCAGUGGACAGUUCCCAGGGUUUGGUCCAGCUAGAAUAGUUAACGUAUAUCUUAAUGGCGAGUUAAUUGCAACUCAAGUGCCACAGCCAUUUAUUUUCACCGGUGGAAUGUCUCCAUUUCUCUGGAUGCCUAUGGUUGCAAAUAAUGCAUUUGAUUUAACCAGUAUGGAUUUAGAUUUGACAGCUUUAAUCCCUAAAUUAUGGGAUGGAGAUUCAAAUUUCCUUGAUAUUGAAAUUAGCAAUGCUACUUCUAAUAAUUUCAACCCUAGUUCCCCGGUUAUUGGAUCAGAUUGGAUUGUCACAGCAAACUUAUUAUCUUAUGAGAAUGAGAAUAUCACCAGCGCAAAAGGUGAAGUUAGCUCAAUCAGGAAUUGGGGAGGGGCAAACACAUCGGGGAACGUACCCAGUAAUGGGACUUUGGUCCAAUCAAUUACAGGUGAUUUCUACGCUGAUAUCUCUGGUCAUAUUGAAUAUUCAUUGAAAAAUGGUUCUAAAGUAUCAUCUACAAUAAUUCUGGGUACUAUAGCAAAGGUAACCAAUAAUCAAAAUUAUAAACAAUAUGGCAGUAUUCAAACUGUGGAACAUCUUGGGACCUCUCAAAGAAAUAUAGUCAUACAUUCGGGAUUGAAUACUCUUCAUAAACGUCAAUCCACCUUCACUUAUCCAUUGAACCUUGAAUUCUCCUAUACAAAUAACACAACCCCUACGGGUGGCUGGCUUGUGGAAAAUGUGGUGAAUAUCACCCUUUCAAAAGAUAUUGACAUUGUUGAGAAUGGGGGGUUAGUAUUCCAUAGUUCUAGCGAUCAAAUUGGUCAUUCAAUUAUUGAUAGUACUGAUUCAGGAAGAUCGGUAAAGAGUGGGAUGUCCACAGAUUACACACUCCAACAACAAAGUCCCUUCCCACAAGCAUCAUACAAUAGAGUCGUUGAUUCUUCUAAUGGACUUGUGACUUCGGAUACUGUCACUGGUUCUUCACUUAGAAAAAGAUUCCCACAAGUAAAACCACCUCAAAACAUUGUUGCUCGUGACCUAUCGAAUAUUGAUCGUUUAAAACUCGGGAAUAGAAAAUUCAAGAGAAUUAGUUUAAAAGUAGAAAGUACAAAAUGA